AUGCACGAUUUGUCCAGUCCGCGUAUGCGCAGUCAUCGGCCUGUGAAACCCAUUCUGUUCUACCACCGUGAUCAACCGUAUUAUGAAUUCACGAAUUUCUCUCCUCAUCCUGUCGAGUUUGCUGGGAAGGUUUAUCCAACAGCAGAACAUCUGUUCCAGGCGCACAAGUUCCUAGACACAGAUCCAGCACUCGCGGAGCGGAUACGUCGGCUCCCUUCCGCACGCGCCGCCCUGGAGGAAGCCGCGCGGUCGCGCAGGCUGCAGCGCUCCGACUGGUUCGACGUCAACGUGGGCAUCAUGGACAUGAUCCUCGAGGCCAAGUUUACUCAACACUCACACCUUCGCCGCAUGCUCCUUGACACGGGUGAGAGCCAAUUGAUCGAGGAUAGUCCGGUCGACUCAUUCUGGGGAGUUGGUCGGGACGGAAAUGGCAGGAACGAGCUCGGCAAGGCGCUCAUGCGGGUCAGAGACAGAUGGAACAAGUCGCGCUUGUGA